UCGGAUACAUCCGAUAACUCCACAAACAGAAAACUCAUACUAUGAAGUGAACAGUUAAGAUAAGCAUGUCUGUUGGUUAAUCGCAUGCUUGGAGCCACUAACCAUAGCAAAGAGACUUAAAUCAAUCAAACAAAUCAUGGUCUUCAAACUUAACUACAUUCAUCAAUUGGCUAAACAGAGAAAAAUUCCCAACUUUCUCAGUGAACACGGCCUUUCUAUCUACCAUAUCAUAUCAUAUCAAUCCUCCCACGAAGAAGAUGGAAGAACUACAACAACAACAUCCAUCCAAAGCUUCCUCACCAAAGGAAGCAUCAUCAACAACCACAACCACAACCACAACAACAACAACCAGAACUGCUGUGAAUUCUUCAGACUCGAAUUCUUCUACCCUAACAACAGAAGAACCCAAUGCUCCUCCUCAACAGAAGAAGAUUGAGGAACAACAACAACAACAACAACAACAAGAGCCUGCUAAGGAUGUUGCUGAAACGGAGACAAAUCAAGCACAACCUCAACAGCAAAAACAAGGUGAAGAGAAGGUAAAUGCUGCAAAUUCUCCUUCAAAACAAGUGAAGGAACAACAGGAACCGCCAUUGCAGCUAAUUAUCAAGCUAAACACAAAGAAGAUAGUACUAACCGAAAAAAGUUGCGGUGGAGGAGGGGUUUUGUGUAGAGUCUUCGUUAGCUAUCGAUGGGAAGAGGGGUUUUGUGCAGAGUCUUCGUUAGCUAUCGAUGGGAAGAGGGUCUUCGUUUGCAAUCGACGAAGAGAUGCUCGCUCUCGUCGUCCCUUGCUCGCCGCCUUCACUGUCGUCGUCGGAAUCCGGAAUCCGAAUCGCCGCCUUCACUGCCGCCUUCUACUCGUCGUCACCCACUGCUCGCCGUCUUCACUCGUCGUCACCCACUGCGUGGAGAGGAUCGCCGUCUUCACUGCUCGCUAGCUGCGUGGAGAGGAUCGAAGGAAGGAAGAGGAUCGAAGGAAGAGGGGUUUCGGCGGUGAGAAGAAGAGUGUAAUUGGUUUCGAAGGAAGAAGAGUGUAAUUGGUUUCAGACAACCGGUUGUACCGGUCAUCAACACACAAAUAAAAUAAUAAAUUAAUAAUUUAAAU